AUGAUUUUAAGCAGCCUCCCGAAAAUAUGGUUUCUUCUCCUCGCGGGAGCCUGGUUCCCCCUUGGCUCACUAGCUGUACCGUCUGCAGAUGCAGAUGCGGCACCAAUAGCGGGUUUUUGGGACUGGUUUGGUAGUGACAAACCAAAAGCUGCUCCAGUAGCCCCGGCCCCAGCAGCAGCAGCCCCAGCAGCCCCCGCCCCGCCUGCGGCACCCCCAGCCCCGAGCUACCAGAUCCAAGAUAUAGUUCCUGUCACAGCAAGGCCUCCGAGUGCAGCGGACGAUACGGUCUACCCGAACAUGAUGUCCGACCGGAAAUCAUCAGCACCCAUCAUAAGCGCGCUUAUCGAGUUUUUCAGUGAUGAGUACCGGAAAGCUAGUAUAUCAAUUCACUUCAAAGUCGAGGAUAUUGGCAGAUGUGUUCAGUGGGUAGCCAAAGCUCGAAAUUCUGCAACUGAGAAAGAUAUUCUUUUCGACACUGGAAGCAACCGUCUCAUGUGGGCUACAAAAUUUUCGUUUGACAACAAUCCUUCCACUUUUGAUGAACGCGGGCAUUCUUGGGCACGAAAUGUCGCUUUCUUUAGCGAUAGGUAUUGUAGAACUAUGAUUGGAGUUCAACAAAUGGAUCACUCUGGUGUUUUGGAGAGACCUGCUAUGUUCAGCAUGCAGCAAGCUGAUAUCAGAGGAGAUCAAGGCAGAGCUAAUUCAGUUGGAAUCCCACGUGGGCACUGUACUAAGACUAGCACUCUCGGAGCAAGCACUAUCUUCGUUACUGAGACCGCUGUUAUAACUACAUUUAUAACUCCUACGGUUACUAUCUUGGCAACUCGAACUUUUAGCAAUACAUCUAUUUCAACUGUUAACGAAGCUCCUACGGAAACCGAUACGUCAUUUUCGUUUGAAAUCACUUCUUUUACCACUACAAUUCCAACUAUCACAGUUACUGGGGCUCCGAUAACAGUUACCGCAUCAGAGAGAAGAAAUAGAAAGAGGUUCCAGGCCCGUGGUUACCCUCUUCUAGAUCCGGACUGCUCUUGCUUCUUGACGAGUACAUGCACGGUCACUGUUACCCCAGACCCAGGAGUCACUGUCGUCGAGACUACGUAUACGACCACUACGACCACUGAAUACAAAACUAUCACUUUUAACUCCACGGUCUCAACUACGAUAGUUGCGACUACAAGUACGACAACGGCUGUUGGAAACGCAACUGUCACGUUCUUGACGACCGAAGUACUCACUGGCAGUGAUAUCUCAACUGUUGGUUCCACAACUGUGACUGUUCAAUCUACUGUUACCGCACCUGCCGUCCAACUUUCCUCUCCAACCGCAAUAUUCGGAGACCCUGUUGAGGGUAGCCCCAGAAAUUAUGACGAUAUCUGGUCAUUAGUCACUGUCCCCUUCCCUAUCGAAAUUUAUAAUGUUUCAUCCUCCAGGAUCUACGUUUCAGUCAAUGGUUUCAUCUCUCUUGACGAAGAACCAGGAACAUCGUUCAUAAACAGCCAAUUACCCGUCGCAGAUGAUGUAUCCGGUGCAAAUAGGUUACCAAAUACCGCUGCCGUUGCACUUUGGGAUGAUCUAUAUAUCUAUGCUAGAACGCAGCAAGGUGUAUUCUACCAAAUUGACGGAACUACACCGGGGAGCAGAGUACUCUCCUUUGAAUUCUAUACGAGUGCUUAUAGGAGGAGUGCGGAAUUCUUUCACUUCUUGAUUAGGUAUGAGGAAGCCAAGCCAAAUAUAUUGACAUAUAAAUAUUUCGAGGUAUCUGGUGGAGGUGUUUCUGCGACUAUUGGGGCGCAAAGUAGGUCACAGAAUUUAUGGGUUCAAUGGAGUUCGGAUCAAGCGGAUGCGGUUAGUAAUGGACAGAGCCUGUUGGUGGAUACUAUCGCGAACAUUAUAACUUCUGUUUAA